AAUUAUUGGGUGACCAUAACUUUAUUCGAUAAUUAUUUGUUACAGAAAUUGUAACUUUUGAAAAAGAAAGUAUGGAAGCGGAACCUUUAGAACUUGAAGAUGGUGAAGUUAUAGACGAUGAGGCAAACGAUAUCGAAACGUAUAAUGUUCUGGAAAGACCUCAUGCAAUUCCAAAUAAAGAAGAAAAUGUAAGAAUGGGUUACAGUGAUGAGUCUGAUGAUUCUGCAGAUUCUGAAAGUGACUCUGAUUCAGAUUCUGAACAUAUCAAAAGUAAAAGACCUAAAUUAAAACUAAAACGAUCUAGAAGUAUGACAAAAAAUUGGGGGGAUAGAAAUGAUAAAUAUAAAAUAUGGUGUACUCAGUUACAAGAAGAAUCUUUAACAGAAGAUUUAGUCUUAUGUGGUGUAACAAAAAAAUGGAAUCAAGAGCGUAGUGUUGAGAGUUAUAACAUUCCACACCAUUAUUCUUUUAAUGGUACUUGGAAUAUGGAGCAUCGUAAUAAUAAUAGUUCAGAAGAUGAAAAAGACAAUGAAAAAAGACUAACAAAUAAAAGAACAAAUUCAGAUAGAAGUAAUGUUAAAUUGAGAUUAGGAAAAAAGCGUAAUUCAAUGGAUAUAGAUAAUCAAAAAGGAAAUGCACGAAAAAUCGCAGAUUUAAGUACAACAAUUGAAUCAACUGAUGCAGAUGUAGCUACUGAUAUAACAUCAAAACUUAGUGAGAAAAAAUCUCUUCUUAUAAGAAGGAUUGUAAAUAUAAUUGGUAAAGAAAAAGCUAUUGAUUUUUUUCAAAAAACCAAGAAGAUUGAAGAAGGAGGUGGUCUUUUAAUAAUGAAUGGCUCUAGAAGAAGAACUGCAGGAGGUGUAUAUUUAUGGUUAGUAAAAAAUGAUAAACACAUCCCUCAAGAAAAAAUACAAGAGAUUUUUUAUUAUGAUAAAAAAAAACAUGCUGAGCAAAGAAAAGCUGAUGCUGUUGCAAGAAGACAGAAAGCACAAGAACUAAUAAAAUGUUUAGAAAAUGGUUCUGAGAAAGAUCUUCCUGCUUUAUUAACUAAGGCAGAACUUUCUACUAGAGAAAUAGCAGAAGAAGCAAGAUUGAGGCGUGGAGAAGGCAUGGAUAGAAUGCCAGUUGAUUCUGAUCGAACAAUGACUAAUCCACCACCUAGCCCUGUAACAGAUGAUCCAGAUCAUUCAGAGCAUCCACUUGUACAAAGGCAUGUUCAAAACUUUGAAGAUGAUUUCCUUGAUAUUGGAAUAGACAUAGACAAUAUGGAAGUAUUUUAA